UUUAUGAUUAUCGAUGGAUCUUUCAUUAGGCGGCGAGUUCCGUGUGUGGUGCCGAGUCUAUAAGCGUGAUUGUUACGCGCCGUUAACCUGUGUUUUGGGAGUAUUAUAAAUACCAGUCAACAGAAAGGACGGACAUAUCACGCAGAGAAAUUACAUGAUAAUCAUUUCCGGUGCGACAUAAUGACGAUGACCGCCUUUAAGAGGAUCUGGACGUAUUUGGGAUGUAUACUGACCAAGUCAGGAUUAAACACUGAGAUCUGACCACUCUUAGUGACUGUCCAAUGAGUAGUGUACACGCCAUGGAUUACGUGAAAAAGUUCGAAAUUGAACUGGACAAGGAUGUGUAUUACGCUGGCGAGGUGCUGACGGGCAAUGUCAUCGCUAGGGUUACAGAAAACAUCAAGGUCCAUGGUAUACGGUUAGUGUUGCGUGGUAAAUCCCACGUGGAGUGGAAAAUCAACAAGGCAGGCGAGCGACGUUAUGUACGCGAUGACGAAUACUAUAUUGAUGAGAAAAGGGUCGUCUGGGGCAAAGACAAGAAGGAUGAUGGACCUGCCCCUAUCAUGCCCCGAGGAAACCACAGAUAUCCAUUUGAGUUCAAACUGCCCGAGAGUGCUCUCCCCUGCUCACUAGAGAGCAAGAUGGGCACGAUACGGUACUAUGUGCGGAGUACCAUGGAUAUCCCUUACGCCUCAUCUCCACAAAGCGUCAAGUAUUUUUCAAUAAUAGGGCCACACAUAGACUGUAUGGAUGAGCGGUUCCUGACACCGACCAGGGCUGCCGACAAACGCUACACAUGUUGCAUGUGCUGCACAAAAGGCCCUGUAGCGCUGGACGCCACCCUGGAACGAAGUGCCUACUGUUGUGGUGACAACAUCAGACUCAAGGUGGAGAUGCAGAAUGGCAGUGGACAGGAGGCGUGGAUCCUUUGUCGACUCAUACAGAAUGUUGAGUUUUUCAUCAACAAGGGUGUGCUCGGACUGCGGAAGGACGUGACUCAUCGGGUAUGGGAGUACAAGAGUGAAAGUGUGCCUCCCAACUACACGGAGAAAUUUGACAAUCUACAGAACUUUCUACAGGUCCCUGUCAUGCCCCCGAGUCUGGUGGAUGUGUGUAACCUCAUACAAAUAUACUACACUCUGCAGGUUGGUCUUGUGAUGGAAGAUACAGGAGAAGUAUUGGAACUCAACUUCCCGAUGACCAUAGCAACCACUCCGUAUCGGAUCACUAAUGCCCCGUAUCCCAUCAUGCAGUAUGAUGUGGCAGCAGAGAAUGUUGAAGGUGGGAUGUACAUCAGUUCUGAGUUCCAGGUCGGUCAGGUGUAUACGGGGGACGAUGAGGAGAACGAGAACGAGAUGUACAUCAUCUACCGCCCCGUGUACAUCUGUGUUCCACACGAGCGGAUCAAGGUCACAAACACCGAGAAGGAUGUCAGCAUUUGCCGUGCAGGCUCGCGAAUCUCCAUGACAAGGCUUGACCGGAACACAUGGAAGAUGCAAACAACACAUGACUCUGAUAAAGAGGACAGUUCUGUGUUAGACCUUAAAACUGAAACACUGGUGCCUGAUAUGUCCGAUUUGGACUUAAAAGAGUCUUUCUUCAUGAAAAGAGAGUUAAGUGAUGUAGCCAAAGAUAUUGAUAUGUCAGAUAACUUUCUCAAACCGUCAGAAAGUCAUGGAAGUAUGAAACACGCAAUGGAGCUAGAACCAGGUGAUAAGGAAAAUAUAGUAGUUGUAGUUCAGCCGGAACCUCUCUCAUCAAUCCUACCAGAACCAGAAAUUAGAAUAAGUGAAGAAGUUACACGGAACAUUGUGAAUGACUGAAAUGAUUCAAAUUAAGACUAAACAUUGAUGUGUGGUAUUGGUGUACUUAAACAUCUUGUCUGUGCAUGCCACAUGCAUCAUUCUUUGUCAGUAAUAUGACACAUCAUCCAGUCGUCAAUAAGGAGACAUCUAUAGUGGUCAACUAUGACAUCACCAAGUGGUCAAUGAUGGCAUCACCCAGUGGUUAAGGGUAUGACAUCACUUAAAUGAUCAAUGAUGACAUCACUUUAUGAUCAAUUAUGACAUCAUCAAGUGGUCAAUGAUGGCAUCAUCAAGUGGUCAAGGGUAUGACAUCACCUAGUGGUUAAGGGUAUGACAUCACCUAGUGGUCAAGGUUAUGACAUUACUUAAUGAUCAAUGAUGACAUCACCUAGUGGUCAAUGGUGACAUAACCCAGUGGUCAAUGAUGAUAUUAUCUAGUGGUCAAUUGUAUGAUAUCACUUAUUGGUCAAUGAUGACAUCGCCAAGUGGUCAUUGUCAAAUUUAUGACAUCACUCUGUGGUCAAAUGUAUGAAAAUUCAUAGCGGUCAAAGGAAUGAUGUCACCCAAUGGUGUAGGCAAUACAGAGUGUUCGGGCUGUCACGUGUGACCUGAAAAACAGUCCGUGGCUACGGUCAGUUCAAACAUUCAGAAGAUACAUUAAUUCAUUCUAUUUUCAUACUACAUUCCUAUCUGACCGAGUUGUAUUCUCACCAAUAUGAUGUAAGCCCCUUACUCCUGUUCAUACUAUACACGUCUCAUAAUGAAGUUAGCAGUUUUAUGCAGUAUCAAUGGUACCACCUGUAGUUUUAUUGAUCCCAACACUCAUCCUUCUCUCAUUCACUAGAGCAUGGUAAGUGACAUCAUCAGUAUCACAAUAACCCAUAACAUCCAAACAAAGUAUAGCGUAAGAUUAACAAAUGUCUGCUUCAAGUUGAUCUAGAUGAAGGGAUUGAAUAACAGAGAUGAUUGAUCUUCUGUUUCCAAACAAUUGUUUGUCCAUAUUUUACAAUUCUUGGUUCUCAAUAUAAAAAUUACAGCUCAAAUUAAGUUCAUUUUCUACAGCUGGCCUCAAUAGGAGAGUAUUUCCAGACAAAACAUUUUAAUGUUUUUACUUUGACAAGGAAGUAACUCUUUGGUGCAGAUACAAGAGCUACAGUCUUAUAGUGAUAAAACCAAUCAUUACUUCAACCUCAUACUUGCAUGGCAGAUAUUAGUGUCUUUUCUUCGGAUGCUAUCGAGUGUUCGUAAUCUUCCAUUUGACCAAACUUUGGAAUUGAAGCUAGAUUGAAUAAUCCUUUUGAAACAGGCCUGCCAGGGAAAGAGGCACUAUAGACCUGUAUAAAUAGGCCUGCCAGGGAAAGAGGCACUAUAGACCUGUAAGUGUUGUCAGAUAGUGGAGGAGUAAUGGUAUUAACAGCCUCUGAAUUACCAGUACUCUUUUAUCAAAAGACAUCUCAUUUUUUCCAAAGUCAGCUUUACUUUUCAGAGGCAAAACUUUCUCUAGAGAAGCAUUCCUUUCCCCAACUGCAAAAAUAUACCCUCUAUUUCUAAGGAUAAUCAUCACUUUUCAAUUGUACCAGUAAUCUUUCAUCAAAAGGUCAGAAGCCAGCAUUAAUUUUCGAAGGUGAAAUAUUGAUUUCCUAAAAAAAAGAUUCCUUUUCUCAUUUGCAAAAAACUGAACCUUCUUUUUUCAAGAAUAAGCAUUUCUUUUCCUUUGGUAAACAUUCCUUGCCUGUUAAUUUUUUUUUCAAUUGGAAAUACUUAACCUGUUACUCAUCAAGUUAUUUUUAAGAACAUUGUGUAGUUAUUGUAGUAAUGUUUAAAGAUAGUGAUAUGUUAUGUUUCUACUUGUACAAACGAUGACAAGAAUUCUCUGACAUGUUCAUUAUCAACCAAAGAGAAAGGCAUUUGCAUGUUUAGAAUGUAUAUCAUUUGAUUUUGAUUUUUAAUUCUUUGGUUCCAAUUCCUUCCUCUUCAGACUGAUCUCAUAUAAAUAUCUGAACCUAAUUCACAGAACGUCUUGUUAGAAAUUCACCAAGAAUAUAUCAUGGAUAAGCUGACUUUAUGAAAAACUUGUCCAAUUUUGAAAUUUAAUGACACUCAUGACAUAUAUAAAAUCUAUGACACUCGUAUCAUAAUGUAUCAUAAAAAUUGACUGUACACACGACAUUAUUAAUAGUUCUAUAUAUAAAUGAAUCAUAUACAUGUGACCACUUGCUCGAUACACAGAUCGCUGAGUGUAAAAUAAAAAUCUUGAAACCUUGAAAUAUCAUAAAUACACCAAUGUAUGUAAAAUAUAUGACACUCAUAACUUGUGUUUAAAAUUUAUAACACUUAUGACAUUCUUAAAUAUUUGACACUCAUGUCAUAGUAAAAGCUAUGACACUCAUAUGACAUUAUGUAUAAACAUAUGAAUCUCAUAUAACAUUGUGUUUAAACAUGAUACUCAUAUGACAUUGUGUAUAAACACAUGACACUCAUGUGACAUUAUGUUUAAACAUGUGACACUCAUAUGACAUUGUGUUUAAACAUGAGACACUCAUAUGACAUUGUGUAUAAACACAUGAUACUCAUGACAUUAUGUAUAAACAUAUGACACUCAUAUGACAUUAUGUUUAAACAUGACACUCGUAUGCCAUUGUGUUUAAACAUGACACUCAUAUGACAUUGUGUAUAAACACAUGACACUCAUAUGACAAUAUGUUUAAACAUGUGACACUCAUAUGACAUUGUGUUUAAACAUGCGACACUCAUAUGUCAUUAUGUAUAAACACAUGACACUCAUAUGACAUUAUUAAUAAAUAUAUGACACUCAUAUGAUGUUAUGUAUAACAUCAUAACUCUCAUAUGACAUUGUGUAUAAACAUAUGACACUCAGAUGACAUUGUGUAUAAAUAUAUGACACUCAUAUGACAUUAUGUUUAAACACAUGAUA